UUUGCGAAACCCUAGAAUCGCUUCGUAUUCUUCUUCCUCUCGCAAUUUGCCGUUUUCUUCUCGGUUUUGUUUUGUUUUUUUUCGUAUUGUAUUGUUUUCCCCCGUUCGCGAUGGCGAUCCUGCGUGUGUAGUCUCCGCCUUCUGCGAGCGAGCAGUGCUGGUUCUAUCGGGACGCUGCUGCUGCUGCUGCUGUUAUUCAUUCGUUUAUUUAUUUUUCCAGCCGUGGAGGCCUUCAACGACUCACCGUCACCAUGUUUUGCUCCAUAUCAGGUGUGACACCUGAAGACCCUGUGGUGUCGCGCAAAUCUGGCUUGCUGUUCGAGCGGAGGUUGAUCUUUAAGCACCUAGCGGAUAAUGGAACAGACCCUGUAACAGGAGAGGCAAUGUCUGUGGAUGACCUCAUCUCAAUCAAAACAAACAAGGCUGUGAAGCCAAGGCCUUUGCAAGCUGCAAGCAUACCGGGAAUGCUUGGACUCUUUCAAAAUGAGUGGGAUGCAGUUGUUUUGUCCAACUAUGCACUGGAGCAGCAGCUACAUACUGCUCGCCAAGAAUUGAGCCACGCACUCUAUCAGCACGAUGCCGCUUGCCGAGUAAUUGCUCGUUUGAAGAAAGAGAGAGACGAGGCCAGAGAGCUUCUUUUGAAGGCGGAGAGACAAGCACCAACUGCUGGACCGGCCCCUGCGGCUGCUCCAACUGUUACUAGCAACGGAAAAAGAGCUCCUGAAGCAGACACACAAUCUGAAGGCCCUGGAAAGAAACCAAGGCAGGGCAUUUCAUCCGACAUAAUCAAAGAGCUGACUGAUUGUAAUGCCCGUCUUUCUGGACAACGUAAAAAGCGACAGGUUUCACCAACAUUGGCCACUCCUGAUGCUCUGGAAAAGUACACCCAGUUGACCAGUCAUCCCUUGCACUCGAGCUCGAAACCAGGCAUUCUGUCUAUUGAUGUUCAUCAAUCUAAAGAUCUUGUGUUAUCUGGAGGUGUUGACGGUACAGCUGUAGUGUUUAACCGAAGUUCUGGAGAACUCGUCUCUACUCUAUCUGGUCACAGCAAACGUGUUACUAGCGUGAAGUUCGUUGCAAAAGACGAAUGUGCUCUUACUGGCUCUGUUGAUAAGACGGUCAAAAUUUGGCAAGGACAAGAGGAUGGGAGUUAUACUUGUAAACACACGCUGAAAGACCACUCUGCAGAGGUACGAGCAGUGACUGUGCAUGCCACUCAGAAUUACUUUGUCACAGCCUCUGCUGAUAAGACCUGGAACUUUUAUGAUCUCUCCACUGGACUUUGUCUUGCACAGGUUAAUGAUCCAAGUGUGCAAGAUGGGUACACAUCAGCAUCUUUUCAUCCUGAUGGCCUUAUCCUCGGGACUGGAACUACUGAAUCACUGGUUCGCAUUUGGGAUGUGAAAUCUCAGGCAAAUGUUGCCAAGUUUGAAGGGCACACAGGACCCGUGACGGAUAUAUCUUUCUCUGAGAACGGUUACUUUUUGGCUACUGCUGCACAAGAUGGAGUUAAGCUGUGGGAUCUGCGCAAGUUGAAGAACUUCCGUUCCUUUGCACCUUACGACAGUAACACACUAACAAAUACAGUUGAAUUUGAUUACAGUGGAAGCUACCUAGCUGUUGGCGGUUCAGACAUAAGGUUGUAUCAAGUAGCAAGUGUCAAGCAGGAGUGGAAUACCAUUAAAGUUUUCCCUGAUCUUUCUGGGACAGGCAAAGUGACGUCAGUCCGAUUUGGUCCAGAUGCGUCGUAUUUGGCAGUUGGCAGCAGCGACCGUAACCUGCGUAUUUUUGGUGCUCCUACGGCUACUUCUGAAUCUUAAUACCCUGAGCUGGUUUGAAGAGUAAAUUGAGCGGUGGUCCGACUUUCAGUCCUUGUGAGCCCCGUGGUUUGGGCCUUCUCGCAGUCUCUGAAUGGGUUAGAUUACAUUGUGCCUUGGCUCAGCGAAGACGUUACAUCUGAAGAGGUUGGGAAAGUUAAUCAAUUGCGACCAUAUCUAGCUAUGUCUUGGUAGGGCCGUCAUUUAAGUGAAAUUGCGUUGUGUGUCACUAGCUUGCUAUAAUUUAAGCAGUAUGGAAGCUAGCAGAUGCUCAGGCUAUCUCUUGUUGUGGUGCAAGUUGCACCAAGUCUCAGAUUUUCCUCAGCUUGUCUUUGGCAGCUAAUUAAACCUCUGUCUUUUUCGUACAUUGAAGUUCCUUCAAA